GCAUUUCCACGUGAGUCCGUGCAGCUGUUUGGAGCUUGGUCAGAAGCAGUAACGUGGAUGCGAAGUUGGUUACUUAGUUAGCAAUUUUUCAUAUUUUAGUCCGUUGUACUAACGAUGGAAAGUUUAUUAGUUUCCAAAAGUGAACAUGACGAUUCUGUUGAUGAAGUCCAAAGAAAGAAAAGAAAAAUAUCGUUGGCGAUCUGCGGAACCUGCGGUACAGAAGAAGCGCGAUAUCGGUGUCCUGGGUGUUUGAAACAUUCGUGCAGCCUUCCCUGUGUGAAGACGCACAAAUCCGAGUCUGGAUGCAGCGGGAUGCGCGAUAGGACCGCUUUCGUGCCCAUCUCCAAGUUUGACGAGAUGAACCUCCUCAGUGAUUACAGAUUUCUGGAGGACACAAGCCGACUGGUCGACAGCACGCACAGGGACCCCUUAAUUUUGCGGCCUCGAACAACAAAAUGUGCGAAGAUGUUGAUGCGGAACGCUCAGAGGUUUAACCUGCGGCUGAAACUGCUGCCUCCCGGUUUCUCCCGGAGAUGCGAGAACUCCACGUUCUUCCAUAAAAAGGCGGGGCAGUUCUUCUGGCACCUGAAGUUCCUUUUCCCCCAGAGCGACGCCGUGUUCACCGAGCGGAGAGUGCCGGAUGACCGGACUCUCCAGCAGAUCCUCUCCUCAUACGUCCACCCGACAGAGUCUGAGCCAAUCAGGCGACAGAGGUUGAAAGCGUAUGUACACGCCCCUCCGGACCAGGUGAAAGUUUUCAUGAAAGCUGAGAACAGGAACCCGAACUGCGCCAGGUAUCAUGAGUUGGACCUCCAGAAGUCGUUGAGGGAGAACCUGCGGUUCAAGGUGGUGGUGGAGUACCCAGAAUUCCACGUCACCCUGAGAGAUCACUGCCAGAACUAUGCUCUGGUCACACAAGAAUCUGGGGCUGGCCCCUGGGUAGCCACGGCAACGAGGCCAGCGGCGCGUGGUGAUGAAGGGGACGCCGUGAUGUGCCACGCCCCGCUCGCCGGGACCACGCCCCGCUGUGGUAGUGCUGGCGGCGGCGGCGGCGAUGAUGAACUGGAGGAAGGUGAAAUUCGUGGUGACGAAGAGGAGGGCGUCUGAGCAGGAUGAGUGGCAGCUGGAACAGAGAUGGAGACUUCAUACCUGCAAUAGAGGGAGUGGCCUCUGUGGCUCACCUGUCAGUCCUACCAAUCCCCCCUCCCCCCCGCAGAGCUUUGCUGUGGCGAUACCAAACCCGCUUGUGAUGUUGAAUAUACUGAAGGAAAGGCAUCUCUCUCUGUUUGACGCCAGUGUAAUUGCUGAAGCAGAACCAGCCUCUCGAUGCACUUAAUGUGCAGGUUUAUGCUGGCGUUGGAUGUGCGCCUUCCCUGGGUUUAGUGCUUUUAGUGUGUUUAUAUAGCCUGGCUGGCCACAGCUCGAUGUUUUAUAUUAUGAAAACAUUUACGGAAAAUGUGUGAAUAAAACGCAUCUGUACAUCGUU